GUUCGAGAUCGACACGUCCUCCUCCCGUCAACAGCGUCACGCUUCUCUUCAGCCUUGAGAAUACAAAAAAAUGAUUUGAUUUGUAUUUAUUCAGUAUCGAUAUGUUUUUAUUAUCGUUUGAUGUGAGGCUCGGAAGGGUUUGUGAUCGUCUGCGUGUGUUUGUUCUGUUCUGUGACGCGUUUCUACAGUAAAUGUUCAGACUUCACUGUCAGUCAUUGACUAAUAAUAGACUGUCAGCAGGAGUGUGUUAUGGAGGCGGUUCUGAAGCGACUGCAGACGCUGACCGCGGAUCAGCUGAGAGACGAGAUCUCCGGCGCCGGACUCAGAUGUGGCCCGAUCACAGCCACCACCAGAAGCGUCUUUGAGAAGAAGCUAGCUCGAGCUCUUCUGGGGGAAGACGCGGUGCAUUCUGGGAGCUCACUUCCUGCGGAGGAGCUCCAGCAGCCAAUCAGAGAGCAGAACCGAGAGGAAGUGACCAGUGAAGCUGAAACCCCAGAGACGCAUACGGAGAGUCCGUGUGUUUAUUACGGUGUGUGUCCCGACCCAGACGACCCAGCGGCUGAAGAAGGAUCGCUGCGUGUGUACGUCGAUAAGAUGAAGGCGCUGAAGGCCGUGAUGAAGCUGAAAGGAGCUCGAUUUAAAGCCUUCGCCAGGAAAGAAGACGCGGAGAACUUUGCUAAAGGAUGCUGUGUGUCGCAGCUCAAACCGUCUCCAGAGAAAACCAGCGCAGACGCUUUGAACCUGGAGAAGGCCAAUGAGUUUAAGAGUCCUCGAACCCAGGACCUGACGGCCAAACUGCGUAAAACCGUGGAGAGAGGAGAUGAGGAGGCGUUCAGAGAGCUGGUGUGGGGAAACCCACGGUAUCUGAUCGGAUCCGGAGACAAUCCCACUAUCCUGCAGGAGGGCUGCAGGUAUAACGUCCUGCAUGUGGCCGCUAAAGAGAACCAGUCGGGCAUCGCUCGUCUGCUGCUGGAGACGCUGGAGGACGUGGAGUUCAUGCGGCUCAUGUAUCCCAACGAUAACGAGCUCAUGCUGCAGCAGCGCAUCACAUACAUCGUGGAUCUGUACCUGAACACACCGGACAGAGCUAGCAACGAGACGCCGCUGCACUUCGCCUGUAAGUUUGGAUGUCCAGAGGUGGUGGAUGUUCUGUGUUCACAUCCGAGCAUCGACAAACACUGCAGGAACAAAUACGAGCAGAAAGCGUCCGCUGUGAUCUGUGAGCGCAGAAACAAGAGCAAGGAGGUGAAGCAGAAGAUCACGGAGUACUUGGAAGACAGAUUUUACGUGCCGUUGCUGCGGGCUGAAGACAACACCCUGCCUCCGGUGAUCGGCGCCCCCUGGUGUCUCGGUUCACCGGAGUCCUGCCAUCAGUUAAACAGGGCUGACCGGGUGAUGGACAGCCCCAAAAACCCAAUAAUGACCGUCAAGGCUUUCGCUGGGCCUCUCAAUUCAUCAAAGGCCGAGGAGUUUCACCGGCUGUGGAAGACGCCGAAGCGAGAGCGAUCCGAAUACUUCCGUCACAUCCUGAAGACGGACUCGGAGCGCGGCGCUGAGAGAGUCGGCCGAGAGCUGGCUCAUGAGAUGGGACUCCCGUGGGCCGAACACUGGGCUUUCCUCGGCUGCUUCCUGGAUCUGUGCAGCAGUGACGGACUGAAGAUGCUGGAGGAGCACCUGAGCGCCGCCGAGGACCCUUCAUCCACAGGUCAGUCUCUGAAACGUCCUGAUCCCGGUGACGUGCUCCCGGUGCGAGAUCUGCUGCAGGACUUUGAGAAGCUGGAGGAUGAAGACGGCUCCAGCGGCAGCUCAGACGAGUAUUUCACCGCAGACGAGGACAGCUCGUCCAACUCCUCGUUUAAAUCCACACACAGCACGCCGGGAGUGAGUCUCAGAGCUCGUGUGUUUAUAUCAGGUGGUUCACCGAGCAAGCUGGACGAUGAUGUUCUCGUAGCGCUGAGUGACGUGGAGAUCGAGCCGCUGGCGUAUCCCAGCAUCCUCCGCUGGAAGAACAAGAUCUUGUCCUAUUCUCCGUCACAGAGACAGAGCUGGCCGUCGCCCUCACAGACGAACACACACGUGUCCUGCAGACUGAACUGGUUAACCGUCUCGCCCAAGAUCAGAAGCCCGGGUCAGUUUAACCCUCGGCGGUUCACAUUCAGUCCUCCGAGCGAAGCCUACAGUCGUCUGUAACCACAGCUCCAGCUCCGAAACUCAGAAGAGCUCUCUCUACACGAGUCAAACUAUGCUUUAGACGAUCUUCUGUUUGCACAGCAGCUGUGUUGCUUUUAAUAAUUGCACUAAAUGUCCUGCAUGUUCAUGCAUCUGAAGUUUGAAAUAUUUAUAAUAUAAAAUUAUAAUGCAUUGAAGUAUGUUUCCUUGUUACAUAAAGAUUUGUUAAGA